AUGAGUGUGUCACAAGUAGCAUACCUGCUAAAAAAUGGACACCUCAAGGAUUUCAUGUAUGACAAAGCUCGUGGUGUCGUCGACAAAGACAUCUCUAACUCUCCUUCCAAACCUCCUCCCCCUCCUUAUCCUAAAACUGUUAAUUUUAUUGCCGGUGGUUCUGAUAUUUGUGGGGAUACUCCUGAUAGACACCACGACGAGUUAGUAAUAUCAAUCCCAGUAGGGAACUGCAUGAUCAAAAGGGUUCUCGUCGACAAUGGAAGCUCCACUAACGUUAUGAUGUUGGACGCACUUAAGGAGAUGAGGCUAAACCUAGAGAAGGAUGUCACUAGAAAAUCCAUAGUUCUAGUGGGAUUCAGCAGCGAAGAAAAGACCACCUUUGUGGAAGUCUUUCUGCCAGUCUACCCCCAUGGAGUAAACCAACAAGUCAAGUUAUGUGUCAUCAACUGCCCCUCAUCUUACAAUAUCAUCUUGGGUAGUAUAUGGAUCCACGACAUGAAAGCCAUCCCCUCAACAUACCAUCAGACAAUCAAAUUCCCGACUCGAUUGGCAGCUCAACAAAUAAAGGAGAUCAACAAGAAUCGAACGAGUGCUACAAAGAAGCCUUGA